AUGGCCCGGGGGCUGCCGAGCAUCACCAGCCUGGCACACUUCUGCCAGAAGAUGAACCGGCUGAAGACACUGGAAGAGUCCACCAGGGAGACGUCUCUGAGGCGCUGCCUGAGCAUGCUGGACCUGACCCUGCUGGGUGUGGGUGCCACAGUAGGCAUGGGCCUCUACGUGCUCACAGGUGCUGUGGCCAAGGAGAUGGCCGGCCCUGCAGUGAUCGUGUCCUUUGGCGUGGCCGCCAUGGCUUCCCUGCUGGCAGCCUUAUGCUAUGCAGAGUUCAAGGUGCGUGUGCCCCAAACCGGCUCUCCCUACCUGUUCACUUACUUGUCUAUGGGCAAGCUGUGGGCCUUCCUCCUUGGCUGGAUCGUGCUCUUCCAGUGCCUCAUUAGUGGCACCGCUGAGUGCCGUGCCUGGAGCUGCAGCCUAGAUGCCAUCUUCAGCCCCCACAUCCGCAGCUUCACUGAGGCCCACACAGGCAUGUGGCAGGUGCCCUUCCUCGCUCAGUACCCAGACUUCUUGGCGGCUGGCAUCACACUUUUGGUCUCCACAUUCAUCUCCUGUGGGGCUCGCAUCUCUUCUUGGCUCAACCACACCUUCCUUGCCAUCAGCCUGGUCAUCGUCCUCUUCAUGAUCAUCCUGGGGUGUGUCCUGGCCCGCCCGCACAAGUGGAGUGCUGAGGAGGGCGGCUUUGCACCCUUCGGCUUCUCUGGAAUCAUGAUAGGUGCCACCAUCUGCUUCUAAGCCUUCGUGGGCUUUGGUUAUAUUGCUGCCUCCACCGAGGAGGCCCAGAACCCAAAGCAAGCCAUGCCUAUGGCCAUCGUCAUCUCGCUUGGCCUGGCAGCUGGCGCCUACAUCAUUGUCUCCACUGUGCUCACCCUCAUGGUGCCCUGGCACAGCCUGGGCCCUGACUCAGUGCUCACUGAUGCCUUCUACCGGCGGGGCUAUAGCUGAGCGGGCAUCAUCAUGGCAGCUGGUGCGAUCUGUGCCAUGACCACUGUCCUGCUCAGGUAUGUCUUUUUCCCGCCACAUAUCAUCUCUGCUAUGGCCCCCGAUGGGCGCUUCUUCCAGGUGUUUGCCUACAUGCACCCCCGGACACAGGUGCCCAUGGUGGGCAUCCUGGUGUGUGGGGUCCUCACAGCUUUCCUGGCACUGCUGCUGGAACUCCAGGCACUGGUCCAGUUCUACUCCGUUGGCGCACUGCUGGACUACACCUUCAUGGCCACCAGCAUUAUUGUGCUACGCUUCCAAAAGGCCCCUCCAUCCAGUUCCCCGGGCCCAGUCAACCCUGUGCGCACAGAGCAGGACUCAGCCCAAGCCCAGGCAGCUGGUAGGGCAGCCCUGAGGCCCUACCUCGGCUUCUUGGGUGGGUGCAGGCCUGGAGCUGCCGUGGCUUGGGCACUCCAUGUCCUGGUGGCCUCGGUCGUCACUCUGGACUGCGUGCUGGUCUUCAGGGACUCGGCCCUGCACCUCCAGCUCUGGGGCUACACCCUGCUGCUCCUGCUCAGCUCCGUCAUGUUUCUGCUCAGUCUCCUCGUCCUGGGGGCCCACCAGCAACAGCACCGGCAGGACACCUUCUACUUCCUCCAGCACCCAGCCCUGCCCUUGUCCCCCCAGAUUCCCGUGGUGCCGGACUCCAGCCCUGAGCAUCCUCCUCAACAUCUUAUGCUGCACCUGAGCUCCCUGACCUGGCUGGGCUUCUCCAUCUGGCUGCUGAUCGGACUCGCGGUGUAUUUUGGCUACAGCAUCCGACACAGCAAGGAGAACCAGCGGGAGCAGCCGAGGUUGACAACCACACGUGGCAGCCUGGAGGAGACAGUGCAGGCCCUGCAGCCCCCCAGCCAGACACCUGCCCAGGAGCUUGGACACAUGGAGCAGCCCUCCAGUCCAUGA